CACUCUAGUAAGGAAGUUUUAUUUUGUAAAUAAACUAAAUGAUGUUUUUAAUAGAAAGAUUAAUGUAACAUUAUACAUGGUGUACUCUUCAUAAUAAAUUGUGCACUAUUUGAAUAUACACAACAUUACAAGAAUUCAAAAUGAGUGGUUUUCUUUACAUAUUAUAUAUAUCACUACUUUGCACCAACAAAGCUGAAGAAGAAAGAGUUUAAUAUUUAAUGUAGUGCCAUGAACGUUUUUCGUUUGCCAAAAUAAAUUAGUCUUAACAAAACACAUGUAGUCUGACAAAUGUGCCUUGCAUCCCAUUUUUAUCCAACAUGCAUUGCAUAUCUUUUGGGAGCUCCGCUAUUAGGUUUUACCUAAUUUUUAUAUUACCAUCGAUCUCAUCUGACUAUGGAGCCAUGAUUGGACUGUUUUUCUGCACACAUAAGGUGUAGAAAAAAUGGCUAUUCGGAUGAAACAAAUAUUUUGAAAUCAAAACAAAAAAAAUCACCUUUUGUGUGCAAAAAAAGCCGGCAAAAAAGUGACAUACAUGGAGAGACCAAAAUAUGCUGUAACAAGUCAAAACGUCCCCAGUGUCCCCCACAGAGGUUGGAAUUUGUCUAGUCUCCAGUUCUGACCGCGUUUACCGCCCAGGAUACUGUCGGCACGUUAGAAGCUCACCAAAGUUCACUAGAGUUUCACAGUUUUUUAUUAUUAAUUCGAACAAAAAUGUUGGGAUCUUCCGACAAUCAGUGUGGAACAGUAAGGCAAGUUGUCAAGGAGUCGCGCAACUAUGGGAUGACCCUUUGCUAUGAUCCCGUUGGAAAUAGAAACCGUUGUUUCUACCAAUGCUUGAGUAAAGCUCUAAAAAGGGAUGAAAAAGACGUUAUGCAUCAUCUUGAAUGUUAUAUGUUGGACAAUGAAACUAUACCAACAAUGAACGAGAAUAACGAAAUUGUGGAGACCUCACUGUAUGAGUUCCUCACCGAUGCUGACUACCAGUUAAAGGGGUGCAAGAGACCAAGCACAUGGCGUCAAGCUGUUUUGGGGUUGAGAGAUGAAAUGGCCUGUCACCCUGUCAUUCUUGCAGCGGCCACUCUUUUUCGUGUUCAAAUUAACAUUAUUGAUUGGAUUGGUCGCUUGACCAAAAUGAAUCCGCCUUUUCGCCACGGCGUCUCUAAGAGGAUAUAUCUUGGAUACACUGGUGAUCAUUACAUUUUGUUGAAACCUACAGAGGUCCUGGAGAGUGAUAGUGAAUCAAGCCAGUUGAUUGAUACUACUGCAAGUUGCACCAAAGCAAGUCAUGUCCAAGACCCUGAAUCCAGUUCUGAUGAGAGUGUUACUAUCGUAUUUACAAAAAACAAUGUGGAGGACAAGAAAUUGCCGGGAAAGAUUGAAAUUAACGAGCACCAGAAGCCUGGGGAUGAAUCAUCCAAGCAAUUUACCGCAAAACGAAAAAAAAUAAAGGUCGAACAGUAUGAAUCCUGGGACGAGGAGGAGUAUUCUCCAGGAGUAAGCCUGUGGAAAGGAAUCCCAAUAAAUGUGGAUUCCACUGACGAAGAGACAUUUUCGCAGGCGUCUGCUAAGACACAAAAGAAAAUCAAGAAUGCAAAGGAUGUCAAGGCUGCCGUUGUUGAUCUUACGCAAACAACUCCUAAAAAACGUUGCGUUAAAGUAUCCAAAGAAAGCGAUUUUGACUCGUCGAACAGAGAAAUUAACCAGCCAAUGACGGAAGAAUUGAAAACAGAUACAAGUACAUCCGGCGAAGAAAGUUCAAGUGACUGUGAGCCCAUUCAAACCAUGGGCAGCAGAACAUAUGUGAAGCAAAAAGUCUGGAAGGAAAAAGAAGAGGAAUUUGUUGAAAGAAUUCCACCGAACGUCAAUGGCACACAUAUCUACAAACUGAGAUGCCCAAAGGGAAAAAAUCCCAUGGACGUAGCAAAAGAUAUGCGUCCAUGGAAACGCUACGUUCCAUCAACUCGAGCAGGAUUCUUUGGAACACGAAGAUUGGCUCARUGUGCCGGAACAAUGGAAUGUUGCAAUUCUUUUUGCCCUUAUUUAGAAGAAUUUGGGCAAGCAAAUGUGAAGCAAUUCACAAAAGAUGGUAAGGACAGUCUUUGUAUGCACUGCAAUACAAAGAUACAGCAUACUCCUUGCUAUGCCAGAAAAAUUUGGGAAAUUCCCAAGUCAAGUGAGCUUAUAACUGUAUGUCAUUACGGUGAGCACACCUGCAAGACAGUUCAAAGUCCAAAACCAAAAAAGAAGAAAGAUAAAAGUGACGUUGUGGCAAAGUUUUCAGACAUGCCAAAGACCACCGCAACGCAAAUGGCUUUCCAUGCUGUGUCUUCUUGCAUAGAAAAAGGCCUUUCGUGGGAAGAUAUAGAAGAGGCAGCGGAAGAACAUUCGGAUUUAAAUGCUCUAAAAAACGCUAAGAAGAAGGCUACCAAACAAAAGCGACCUCAUGGCCAUAGCUUUGAAGCUGUCUCUGUCUUAAAAAAGAAGACAGACGAGAAAGAUCCGUUUUUGAUCUAUCGAGCAAAUGAUGGGUCACUUAAUAGUAGUCCCACUUAUGUGUUUAAGACCAGUGAACUGAGGCUCAGAAUAGCUUUGAAUAUGGAUCGUCAUGGUAAUCAUUUUUUGGCGUCUGAAUAUUGCCAUUUCGAUGGCAAACAUGACAGAUGUAAGGGUUUCAUAACCCUGACAGCUAGUGUUUAUCACUCUGUGCUUCGACGUAUGGCAAAGCUGGCUAUCAUGGAAUGCCAAAACGAAAACCAAGAAAACUUGGUGCUCUUUUGGACUUUAUUAAAUAAAGCAAUGAAAGAAGCCUUCAAAGAUGAUACCAAGUUCUUCAAUCCUUGUGGCUUCAUCUGCGAUGAGGCCGGAGCCAACUGGAAAUCACUUGAGGAAGUUUACGGUCGCGAUGUGCUCCAGCGCACGAAGGGUUGCGAGUUUCACUUUAUGCAGUCUGUCCACAGGCAUGCCAACAAGCUCACUAGCAGAAAAUCUAAACACAGAUUCAAGAAACUAGCGAAUUGCCUUAGAGAGGCGGCCACACCAGCAGCAUUCCAGACUGCCCAUUCCGAAAUGACAUCUUUCAUCAAAGAGAAAUAUAACAAGCGUAAACAACUAUUAGGUUGGUUGCAAUGKUGGACUGACCGAAAGACACACAUUUCAAAGGCUUAUCGACCCCUUUAUAAUGCUCCUUCAGCAAAUCUUUCCGAGCCCGUCAAUUCUGCAUUUUCAAGAAGAGGAAACACRAACAUCAGUCUGAUUGAUGCAGCGUUGGAGGAUGUGACUGAGAGUGUUUUGCUGAAGAAAAUGUGGGAAAGGCAAAGCAGAGGGGAAAAGACAUAUGGAACUGGUCCAACACAGGCUCAACUCAUCGAAAGAGAAAAAUCAAAUCAGCUGGAGAGAGCUCAGCAAAUUGUUGAAGAGGCGUACGAUACACUGGGGGCUGAAACAAGAGAAGAGGCAUAUAGUGCAGCAGAAGUUGACCCCCAUUGUAGCCAUCGCCCGACAAGGCCAAAGUCAAAAAGAACGUCGUCCAAAAAUAAAGCCCAAAAGCAUCCACAAAGGAAGAAACRUGUUAGUAUCCAUGAUGAUUCUGAUGAAUAUGCAUCGUCAACGUCCUCUAGUGACACCCAAUCCUCCACAUCAAGACCUAGGGUUUACAGAAACCAUAGAAGCGCAGUCUUCCUGAAAACCCUUGAAAAAGCUAAAACAGAAAAGCAUCAAAUGGCAGUUAAGAGAUUGUUGUCAAGUGAUAACGAUGAUCACAGAGAAUACGAAAUUUCAAGUUCGAGUUCGACUUAUACAGUUAAAAUAGGACAACUUCCUUCAUGCACCUGUUAUUUCUUUUGCAAAAGCCGUCAGCUGUGCAAGCAUAUAUUAUGGGUAUAUUUAUAUGUCCUUGAGGUAAAUGAGGAGAGCGACAAAAUUUAUCAAAUGGGACUCACAAGAGAAGAAAUCAAAAGCUUAUUCAGAAGUGCCCCCAAAGAUGUACCAGAUAACUUAAUGUUAGUAAACGGUACAAGGAAUUCGUUCGAAACAGCAUUUGAGCGACACCCGCAAAAAGACGAUGAACAAGAAUGGGUGCUAACAAGGAAAACACAUCCAAAAACUGCACAUUGUGGGGGAAAACCGUGCACAAAAAAAAAUUGACAAAGGCGACUUACACCUUGCUGUGAAUGGCUUGUAUUGCCCGAAAGACAAUGGGUAUGCAGUAUCAACGACAUUUCGCUACUGCAUCAAUGCUGCUUGUUGUAUGCGGAAGGGAGCAAGAUCAAACAUCAGGCCUUUGUCUGACUUCACUGUAAUCUUAGACCCUAAGGCAAAAGCUACUGAAGAAGAGCUUAAGAAAGUAGAGGAUGCUGGAUUUAAAACAAAGUUGAAAAUAAGGACAUUAUGACAAAAACCUGGGUGUGCUUUAACUCCUCAUUCCAGGCAUUAUUGGGUGGGCCAAACUAGUAUGUAUUUCAUAGAAAAAGAGUGUUAAUUUUGUUACCGUUUUUAGAGCAAAGACACUAAAUGAGUGAAACAUAUCAAGAUUUUAUAACUUCCGUUGCAAAGUUCGUUGAUUGUGCAAAGUGCGUGAUAUAUGCAUUUAACUUUAGCAUUUUGAAUUAUAUUUCCUGCAAGAAAAUUGUAAUAGUGCAAAUGUCCACAUAUACACUUACGACUAAAAUAAAUGUAUUUCUUCUGGA